AUUUCAUUUAUUAAAAGUGCUCCUUCGAUUUGUAGUACAUGUGCGGGAAUUCUAUAAUCUAAAUGAUCUUCAAAUGAUAAUUGCUUUAACUGUAAUAUGUCUGUACAGAAGCUAAAGAAAUCUCAGAAAGAUAUUGCUGUAUCAAAUGGAUCAGUGUCUGCGGUAGUGAAAAAGGCUUUCAAGAAAAAUUCCAGUUGGGAAGAUAAGGUAGGUUAAUAAAUUUACUUGCGAUUGGUAAAAUUCUGCAAGUGGAGAUUGAUCAUUUAAUUAAUUGUUAUACCUCUUACGUUUUUUGUUAAAAGAUGGUUUAUUACUUCUUGUUUUAAGUAAUAUCCCUUCCACAGUUUGCUUACAAAAUGCUAUUUGGAGUCCUUACUCGUGCAUGUAAUUAACUGCACGAACAAGCCCAGCUUAGCAUAGUCAAAUAUUGCAUUUGGUUUUAGCAAUUUAGACGACAAUUUCUCGAACGUACUAAACACAUCAUGGCGUAACUAUCAAAGCUAUGUAUAGCAUUUGCGUAUUUAGAUUGAGAACAUAAUAUUCUUAUUUGACACUGGUCAGUUUGUUCAGCUACUUGGAUUACACAUUUGCAGCAGGAACCUGCUUGGGUAGAGUGUAGGGGAGGGAGGGAGGGGUAGUUCUCUUCCUUGGGUGCCUUACAUCCAGGAAAAAAGUUCAACAUUUCUGGUCUGAAAAUCAGUGGAACAGGAAAGUUUCUGGUGAAAGCUACUAGUUAUCUAGAAAUUUCUGAAAUUUUCUGUCCCAUUGGCAAUUUCAGUCUCCUGCAUAUGUAGCUGUAUCAGUGGGUGACUUGACUUUUGUCAACAAUUUAGGACUUUUCGCAGAAUAAAAGUGGGAUCCAUGGCUUUUAAAGUCAUUGCAUACAUAUAUUCAAAAUGCAGUUAAAAGGACUACUAUUGAGAAUAAGAUGCAUUUUACACACAGUAUGCAUCGAUCUAAAGCUCAUGAUUUUGAAGUUCUUGGACUGCCUCCCUUUGACAAAGUAAAUCUUCCAAAAGCGUAUCAAGAUCUUUUGUCAAUAGGAAAGUGCCCCUAGUUAAUCUGGCUGAUCUACAUACAACAUGGAUAGUUACAUGAAGGCUGAUGUAAAAACCAGAUCAUACUUUGUUCAGUAAAAAUGUUUUUGUCUUCCAAGCAACCCUGUCCUUACUUUUCAAUGCUGAGGAGGAGGAGACAUGGUCAAGUGGUUAGGGUGCUGGACUUGUAUUCUGGUGGUCUCAGGUUCAAGUCCUCCCACCUGCCAUUUACUCCUCCUCCUUGGUGGCACCAUGUUAAUAGCCAAGUGGUCUGCCUCCUGCUAGUUGGGAUUCUCAAGUACUUUGUAUUUGUUUCAGUCACUGUAAAGCAGUAUUGGAUAGUGAUAGAAAUGGCACUAUUUAUAAAGUAUUAUUAUCACUAUACAAUGAAAUUUUGUGUAACACUUGGGACAGAGACUAAGAAAGGCAAGAAAAUUCCCAUCACCUAAACUUUUGACAGCAAUUGUAGAAAACAUCUUUGUGAUAUUAAUAUAAAGGUACUUUACCAAGUCACUGAUCUUUCUGUUUUAUCUACAGGAUGAAUUCCUUGAUGUAAUAUACUGGUUUAGACAAGUGUUAGCAAUUAUUUUAGGCAUUAUUUGGGGUCUGCUACCUUUGAAAGGAAUCCUUGCUAUAGCACUGUAAGUUGCUAAUUGUCAUUUUGCAUUUGUUGUCUUUAUUUCUCAUGAAAUGUUGAACAAAAUCAGUCUAAAAAUUUUAAAUGGAGCUAUCCUAGGUUAACCCUUUAACUCCCACAAGUGACCAUGACAGAAUUUCUCCUUACAAUAUCCAUACAAUAUCAACCAGAUAAGUGAUGAGAAUGAAGAAAAAUAUCAAUUUGGGGACAAUCAGUUGAUCCAAUACUAAUUUCUCUGAACUAACAUUAUAAGAAUUGUAUGGUAGACAGUAAAGAGAAUUACAAACUUGGUCUGGGAGUGAAAGAGUUAAUCUUUGAACUCCAAAGGUCUGAAAGUAAUUCUCAUUGCUGGCUACUCUUUGCUUCUCAUUCAAUUGGUGAGGGGAAUUUGUCAUUGAAUAAGGAUAAUUCCCUUGGAAUGAAAAGCUUUUUUUUUCUCGUUACCUGUUUUCAUGUGAUGAUGUAUCAAUUUUGUAAAGAGAAUAAACUUGUUGAUUGUUUUCGGGAGUUGAUUGUGACUGAACAGCCACAAUUUUAUGAUUUUCAGAUUUGCCCUUAUAAAUGCUGGUGUUUUGUACAUAUACUUCACAAACUUUCAAAAGAUUGAUGACGAGGAAUAUGGUGGACCAUGGGAACUGACUAAAGAAGGUUUUAUGACAUCAUUUGCCUUAUUUUUGGUAAGUGCUAAAUAUCUUAGAAGCAUAUAAAAGAUCUAUAAUGUAGAAAAGAAAAAUAAACCCUUUUUAGUUCUUAGGCUGUCUUUUAAAAUGUUAUUUUUUCUGCCACAGGGAAAAGACCUAAUCUCAAAUUUGCACCUUAUGUUUUGGUUCUUGAAAUCUGAGAGAUACAUUUUAGGCAUCUCACAAAAUACAAACUCAAUUAAAGUAUAAGUAGGGUUGCUUCAGAAACUUUCUUUGUUUAACUUUUUUUUUUUUUACAAAACCUGACAUGGGCUUUUCAAACAUGAACAGGAAAAUCUUGUCUAGGAAUAUCUAAUCAGUAGAUGACUUAACACUGACUAUUGUCAAGGUCAUAAAGAUUGUAAAAAAGUGAUGGGAAAUUUUACCUCAAUAAGUAUUCUUGGCCAGAAUUGUUGAAAUUUUUUUCUCAAUAAAGGAAAUGGACAGAGAAACUUGUUAGAUCUAGAAGUGUAGCUUCAGAUUACUGAAGAUCUUCUGUUUCUUUUUACAACUGAUGGCUCAAUUACCCACAGCAGUCUUACACCAUUGAAAUAUUUUGUCCUCAAUAUGUUUGACUCACUUAACUGUUGUUACAGUUAUGGUAGAGUUACAUUCUUGUAUUCUCUAUUUUUAUUUGGUAAAAUGUUCGUAAUUGCAUGUAACAGUGAGAUUUCAGUGGAUUAAUUCAUCAAAUUUACUUCAUAAACAUAUCCUAUUUUGAUAUUAAUAACAAAAUGCCUUGAAUUAUUUAACAGGUUAUCUGGAUUAUAUUUUACUCUGCUGUCCACUUUCCUUGAUGUUGUUAAUGGACUCUGUUGUACAUCAUUACUGGAGAAUGAGGAAGAUGUGAUCACUAGCAUCAUCUCACUGUAGUUAAGGACCCAGUUUUUCAUCAUAGUUGUCAAGUGAAUAAUACCAUUGUAGAUGAGUUCUGGGCCAGAACUGCACCUUCUGUAUACCUAAUAUACUGGCAAUUUUCUCUAUGAUGCCACCAAGCCUAAAACUUUGACAGAAUACAACAUUAAGAUAAUUCUGAGUUACAGAAGUUUCAUGAAAUCUAAUUCCCUAUCAUUUCAGACAAAGUUGGUAAAAUUUUAUGUAUAGAGAAAGCUUGUUUCUAUGUAACUAAUUUCUCUAACUCUUAAGAUAUGACGUGUGAUUCUUCCUUCCAGCUCUAUGGUUUGUCCUUGUAAAAAAAUAAUGAAGAAAAGUUGGUUUACAUCUUUUAAGAUAAAUAAAAACCUUCAGUUGA